CAGCGGCAGUGCCCGCGAAGCCGAACCGGGUGCCAUCAGCGCGGCUGUAAAUCUGUUCCCGAGGCCGAGCUCCCAAAGGAUCUGCCAGCAGCACUCCUGAUGCUUCAGGAGCAACGUGCUGUUUAUUCCACGCAGAGAGAUGCCGGCUGUGAGCAGGAGGAGAGUGAAUUCUGCUCCAUUCAUCAGGUGGUGAAUGAACCUCUGGAGAUCAGAUCAGCAACAGGGAAUACACUCAGAAGAUUCCUGGGUGAACGGUUCAGGUCCCAUCCCAUGCUCACGGCGGUGCUGAUUCUGCUGCUCCUGGUGCUGGUGCUGGUUCUGGGUUUGGGGUUGGCCUUGGCUGUGCAGUCAGCACCACAGGUUCCAGUCACACCUGCAACCUCACAGUGUGUUCUGGGCUGUCCCUUUGACUGGGUUGGGCACAAGGGGGUCUGCUACUACUUCUCAAGGGACUACAGCACGUGGGAUCAUGGUCAGGAACGGUGCUCCGAACUCAAUGCCUCCCUGGCCAUUGCCAAGGAUGAGGAGGCCAUGGAUUUGCUCUUCCGCCUCCGCGGGAACGGCGAUUUCUGGCUCGGGCUGCGCAGACGGGGCGAGCGCCUGCACUGGGGGGACGGCAGCAGCUACAGCUCCCGGGUUCCUGUCUUUGGCAAUUCCGAGUGUGUGUACCUGGCUGAUGAGAGAUUCAGGAGUGACAACUGCUCCAGUGAGCGGCCGUAUGUCUGCAGCAAGGCCCAAGCUCCCCUGUAACAGGGGCUGCACAAAGGACCUUCUCCACACUGGGCAGUGCCAGCUUCACCUCUGAGCCCAGCACAGCUCUGUCCUUCCUCAGCUGCACCCUGUGCCUUGCACUUCCUCUCAGGGUCACCUCAGUGCCUCUCCAUCCCCAGUGCCAGCGCUGGGCUGGGGCUGCAAAGGAAAAGUCUCUGCAAUCCAUCCUGCCACCGAUGCUGCCUACAGUGAGUGCAUUGCCCUCAUUAUGUGUGAGAAACAUGGCUCACUCUUUAUGCUUUUUAUAAAAAGUUCAUUACGGGUUAAUAUCCCACACUGGGAUGCUUGGCUAUUUGCACACAGUUAACUUAAACUGUGUUUUCCAUAUUUUAGAGCUACAUGCAUAUUUAUACGAGUUUUUCAGAAUUGAAACAUAACUUUGAAUUUACACGUUGUUUUGUUUGUUUUUAACUUUUGACUUGUGUUGCAGUGUGUUGCAAUUUCCUGUUUUAGCCAUCCCAGUCCUUUCCCAGGUGUGGCAAUACCUUCUACCUUCCCCUCCCCUUACCUCCUGCUAAGUGCUGUAUGUCAAGCUUAACCUUCCAGCAAGGGCGUCGUGUGAUUGGCAGAAGUUCAAAAGAUGCUUCUCAGCCCUGGGGUCAUUGGCCUGUCUAAGUGUCAUUGUCCCCUGAGACUCCCCCCUUCCCACCUGGUUGGUGGCACACCUAUCCCUUCCCUCCCCCUUCUCCCCGAGCUGAAAAGGACACUGAGA